AUGCAUCUCCCCCUCUCCCUUCCUAUCUCCCUUCCCCUCCUCACCACCCUCCUCAGUCUGAGCAACACUGUCAUCUCAGCACCAGCACCAGCCCCCGAGCCAACAGCAGCACCAGUAGCUAUCCUCCCACGUAUCAGGGGAACGGAAUGGAUUAAUUAUACGACGUUGACGGGGUUCUUUUUGCAGGAUGAGGUGGAUACUGUGCCCGGGGGGUUUGAUUAUUCAACGACCAAUUUUGGUCUCAUAAACCGUACAUACCCCACUGAUGAUGAGAACAGACCUGGAUGGACGCAAUGGCAAAAGUUCGAGCACUACGUCUGGCGCCUCAACCGCGGAAGCGGGAGAAAUGUCCAGUACAAAGUGUUGUACCUUGGACGCCAUGGUGAGGGGUAUCAUAAUGUUGCUGAGAGCUAUUAUGGAACGCCACUUUGGAACUGCUACUGGUCCCUACAAGACGGAAACGGCACAUCUGUCUGGGCCGAUGCGAAGGUAACCCCCAACGGCGUUGCUCAAGCCGUCAAGGCAAAUGCUUUCUGGGCCAACGCCAUCCACACAACCAAAACCCCCCUCCCAGAAUCCUACUACAGCUCCCCCCUAACGCGCUGCCUCCAAACCGCCAACAUCACAUUCUCCACCCUCAACCUCCCCUCCGGCAAACGCUUCAUCCCAACCGUCAAGGAGUUCUUCCGCGAAGGCAUCAGCGGGCACACAUGCGACCGUCGCGGCACAAAAUCCUACAUUCAAUCCACCUUCCCUAACUACGUGACUGAGAAGGGAUUCACUGAGACCGAUGAGUUGUGGAAGCCCCUGCUUGCCGAGGUGAGAGAGAAUCAGGAUAUUAGGAGUAAGAAGGUACUUGAUGAUGUGUUUGCGAGUGAUGACGCGACAUAUGUUAGUGUGACGAGUCAUUCCGGGGAGAUUUCGAGUUUGUUGAGAGUUCUCAAGCACCGUGCCUUCUCUCUCGGCACAGGCCAAAUCAUUCCCGUUCUCGUCAAGGCUGAGACAAUCGCUGCUGGUGAGCCGGCUACGACCCCUCUUCCUUGGGCUACAAUCUCGACUUGCACGAGUCCGGCUGCUAGUACCCCAACUGCUUGA